AUGCACGGCAAGACAGCAUUAGUCACAGGAGGCUGUGGAGGUCUCGGCCUAGCCAUCUCCGACGCACUACUCACAGCAGGCUGCAAUGUAGUCGUCUGCGACAUCAACCCCUCGACCCUCCAAAAAUUUCGAGACUCGCACUCUUCAUCCAACAAAAUCCUGGCCUUGCAUUGUGACAUCUCCAAACAAAGCCAAGUUACAAAGCUCUUCGAAGACUCGAUCCAACAAUUCGGAAAGGUAGAUUUUGUGGUUAACAAUGCGGGCAUUAUGGAUAAGAUGGAUCCUGUAGGCACACUGGAUAUGCAGCUUUAUGAGAAGGUUAUUGCUGUCAAUCUUACGGCGCCGAUUAUGAUCUCCAAGGUUGCUGUACAGCAUAUGAUGGACAAGAAUAUUGCAGGAUGUAUUAUUAACAUUGCUUCCAUUGGGGGAAUACGUGGAUUCGCAGCAGGUGUCGCUUAUACUGCCUCAAAGCAUGCUGUUGUGGGUCUCACGAAGAAUACUGCUGUUUUCUAUGGUAGUAAAGGUAUUCGAUGUAAUGCUGUUCUGCCUGGCGGGAUGGAGACGAAUAUUGGGACUGCUUUUGCUGCGGGGUACAACCAGGAAGGCAUGGCAGUUGUCAAAGAUAAAGCGAUGGCUACGGCUCAGGGACCUUCGCCUCUCAAGAAUGUAGCAGCGGCUGUGGCGUUCCUUUGUUCUCAUGCGGCUGCUUCUAUCAACGGUGUUUGUCUGCCUGUUGAUCAAGGAUGGACAGCACUUUAG